CCGGUUUGGACAAGUAGUCAAAACAUGUUGUCGGCGUGCGGUCGUGUAUAUGCAAACAUGACCUUCUGUUUUUGCCACAGGAAACAUAUGCUUUUCCUUAUAUGCACAAUUUUGACUUUAGUAACGCAAUCCCUAAGUAUUGGCGAGGUUAUCUGGGCCGUGAACUGUGGGGGAGAAGCCCACACCGAUAUCAAUGGUAUCCGGUACGAAACAGAUUCGCUUAAAGUCGGGAUCUCAUCUGACUAUGGAAAAACAUUGAUGGUUUCACGGGUGGUCGCUCAGGACCAGAUCUUGUACCAGACUGAGCGAUAUCACAUGUCAACGUUUGGUUACGAAAUUCCACUCAGCGGAGACGGUGAAUAUGUCCUUGCCCUCAAAUUCUGUGAAGUUUGGUUCACAUCACCGAAUCAAAAAGUAUUUGAUGUCACAUUGAAUGGAGAACACACUGUUGUGGAUGAACUGGAUAUUUACAGUAAAGUCGGACGGGGAGUGGCACAUGAUGAACUUAUAGAAUUCACAAUUAGAUCAGGGAAACUCAAAGUCAACGGCGAAACAUCCAAAAUCAACAGCAAACUAUUAGUAGAAUUUAUGAAGGGAGAUUAUGAUAAUCCGAAAAUUAAUGCAAUAUAUUUAAUGAAGGGAACAAUAGACGAUGUACCCAAGUUGCCAUCACUACCAGGGACAGAGACGACACGAGAGGAGGAAGAGGUGGAGGACGAGGAGGACUCUCCCGAUCGGCCAUCAAAGGCACGUCGACCUUCAGGUCCCAAGGUGAAGGACCCUUACGCCUCUGAUGACACGAGCACCAUGCUCCUCCCAGUUAUCAUUGCCCUAGGGGCUUUCAUUCCUCUCCUCUUCUGCCUCUGUAAACUCUAGAGAUCAGGUCAGGGGUCCAAAUGUGUAUGGUCAGUGUUUAACAUGUGUAAGGUCAGAGGUCAUCAUGUGAUAGGUCAAAAGUGUUUUGAUCUAUUAAGUGAGAGUGGUGUAUGUGUGAGUGACUGCAUAAAAAACUUGUAGUUCAAAGGUCAGGGAGAACAAAUCUUUGGAGGUAGUGAGCAUGAACUUAGACAUUUGAUGUUGACUUGUCACUGUGAUGAAAGGUUUGUUCACAAAAAUGUAAAAGGUUAAAGGUCAAUUGAUGGAUGUCUGAGGUAAUAAGGUAGUGUGCAGAAUUGGGCAGUAUUGUUGUUUUGCAAGUCAGAGGUCAAAUUAUACAAGAAGUGUAAAUGAUAUAUGAAUGUUUAUAUAUAAAAAGAAUAAUUAUGUAAGUUCACACAACAGUAUACCUGUGUUUUCAGUAAUGACUGGAAUAAAACAUAGCAAGUAGAAUGUGUAAGUUCCUGCUCUUAACAAAGUGCUUUUUCAUGUCCUUCAGUCACUUGGUAUUGUCUUAACAACAUCAAACUCUGUUUUUACUAAAUAUAACGUCCGUAAAGUUGGUUCAAAAUGUAUUUGAGUGUAUAUUGACCUGAAAUGUGGGUUUUUUAACUGGCAUAAAACCCUUUCUGUUUAUUGGAACAAUCUAGGAAUCCAGUGGUUGGGCAUAACAACUUUAAUGUAUUUGGUACAAUGUAGAAAUCUAGAUAUCUUUUUGACAU